CACACAGCGCACAGACACACACAGACACACGCACACGCCCCGUUUCCCGUGAGCCUGGGGAACUUGCAGCUCCGAGCCAGCCACCCCCACGGCAGCAUGUACCCCAGCCACAAGAAGAAAAAGGUGUGGAGAGAGGAGAAAGAACGUUUACUGAAGAUGACCUUAGAGGAGAGACGCAAAGAAUAUACAAGGGAUUAUGUUACCCUGAACACUAUCCAGUCAUGGAAGGAGGAGAUGAAGGGCAAGAGCCAAAAUGAUGAAGAAAAUACUCCAGAAACAUCACAGGGGAAAAAAAGUCUGAGUGAUAAAGUUUCUCUCUAUAGAGGUGACAUCACAUUGCUAGAGGUAGAUGCUAUAGUCAAUGCUGCAAAUGCCAGUCUACUGGGAGGAGGUGGUGUGGAUGGCUGUAUUCACAGAGCAGCUGGUCCUUGUUUGCUGGCUGAAUGUCGUACUCUGAAUGGCUGUGAAACUGGACAGGCAAAAAUCACAGGUGGCUAUGAUCUGCCGGCAAAAUAUGCCAUCCAUACUGUAGGGCCCAUAGCCAGAGGCCACAUAAAUGGUUCCCACAAGGAAGACCUUGCAAAUUGCUAUAAAUCAUCUUUGAAGCUGGUAAAAGAAAAUAACCUCCGAUCUGUUGCAUUCCCCUGUAUUUCAACAGGAAUUUAUGGUUUCCCAAAUGAGCCUGCUGCUGUCAUUGCUCUCAGUACCAUUAAAGAAUGGCUGGCCAAGAAUCAUCAGGAGGUGGAUCGAAUCAUCUUCUGUGUCUUCUUAGAAGUUGACUUCAAAAUCUACAAAAAGAAGAUGAGCGAGUUUUUCCCUGUAGAUGACACUAAUGAAGAUGAUGUUGUAAAAGAAGAUGCAGAAGGUCUAGAACCCAAAGGCCUCUCUCCACCCCACAAGAAGAGCAAAGCCAAGAAGCCAGAAAGUUCCAAGGGAUUUAGUGAGGAUGAAAAUGAUCCAGAAGAAAAACAUAGUACUGAAGAAAUGGAAGGACAAAGCCAAGACGCAGAUGGUGUUAAUGCAGCUACUGUGCUCAACCCUGAAACAGAAGAGGCAGUUGAAGUCUGUAAAGAUGAAGAUUCUUCAAAGAUUGAUAAUAUUAAAAAUGACAACAAAGUAGAAGAUCAAUCUGCGUGUGACCAAGAUCAUUCCAAUGGACAAGAGAAUGAUUUAAUGAAGAGUGAAGUGAAAAUGGAGGCAGAGUCUCAGAGCUCAAAUAUGGAAACAGAAGAGUUUUCUUCAGACCAAGACAAUGACACAAUUGUGGAACAACCAGAAGUGAGUCAACUCACAGAUGAUCAAGAAGAAAAGGAUGUUGAAAAAGCUCAAGAGGAAGACAUACCUAGAGUCCCUGUGAAAAGUGAAGGCUCAGAUGACAAAGAAAAUUCUACAAGCCCUGAUGUUGAAAUGAAUAAUCAGGUUGACAGUGUAAAUGACCCAACUGAGAGCCAGCAAGAUUAACUAAUAG